UUCCAUGGAGACCUCGGCUAACAAACAAGACGGUUUAGCUAAGCUGGGUGUCUCAGGGGAGUCGGUUUACUUGUGUUUAUUUUUACAUUUUACUCUUUUAUUCUGGAUAAUUGAAGCAUAAAGUAGUAUUUUUAAAAACAUUUAGAACGUUUAGAGCAGUUUUAAAGAGCAUUAUAAUGUCCGCGUACACAACCCACGGUCUUCCGUUCCUGCCGGGUAACACAUUCCGGAACACAGCGAAGUCAGCGUUCCACAAAGCUCAGACUCUGUCCUAUAAGAACGGCUAUGCACUGCCCCUUCGGCCAAAAGUUGGAAUCGGACAGCAGCCCUUGAUCUCAGAAACACUUCUUCAUAAUGAGAUGAACCAGCUCAUUAAUCAAACUUCCGGCAUGUCCCUCAGCACCUCCACCCACACACCUCCAACCGACUUCAUCCCUGACUAUGUUGCCUACGACAAAAAGGUGCUACGGUUUUAUGGCUACUUCAAGCAGGAAGUGCUGGACUCUCCAGAUGAGCGCUGGCGUGUGCGUCCCGUGUUGAUUUAUUACCACCUAGAGGACGACAGCAUGUGCGUGAUGGAACCUGAGGUGGAGAACUCUGGAUUGCCGCAGGGGAAGCUGCUCAAACGUCAGCUGCUGCCUAAAAACGAGCGUGGAGAGCACUACCACUGGAAAGACCUGAACCUUGCCAUGGACCUGUGUGCGUAUGGAAGCACGUUCAGAAUCACACAUUGUGACGCCUUCACCCAGGAGUUUAUGGAGAGCCAGGGUAUGGUUCUGAAUGAGCCUGAGUCGACCCCCUGUGACCCUUAUACCACUCGUCGAGCUCAGCCUGAACGCUGCUUCGUCACCCCAUCAGACUAUGACCAUCUUAAGCAGUUUCUCACCAUGGACCGCAAGGUGUUGCGGUUCUUUGCUCUGUGGGACAACUCUGAUUCUGUGUACGGAGAGAAGCGUCCUGUAAUCAUACAUUAUUAUCUGGUGGAUGGUUCAGUGGAGAUCCGUGAGGUUCAAGAGCCCAACAGUGGCAGAGACCCUUUCCCCGUUCUGCUGCGUAGACAGAGGAUACCGAAGGACAUCAAACCGACCUGCAAACCCUUCCCUACCUGCAUUCUGGAAUUUUCUCCACAAGACGUUCAGGAGUUCUACUGUCCAAAGGACUUCUGCAUUGGGGAGGAGCUGAAGCUCAUGGGAAAGCAUUUCCUGCUCUGUGACACUGACGAGUUUACGCGAAAAUACUACGAGCAUCAUCAUCCCGACAUCCUGCUCAAGCCUCUUCCCAUGGAGAAGAAAACCCAGCAAGAGAGCCGCAGGGUGAUCCCACCUUACAACGGCUUCGGCUUACUGGAGGACUCGCUCCAGAACUGUUUCUCUCUGAUUCCAAAACCACCUAAGAAAGAUCUACUAAAACUGCUUGAGAAUGACCAUAAAGUCCUGCGCUAUGCUGCCAAGCUGGACUCCCAAAAUCCUCAGGAUGAGGGCCGUCGCUUUGUUCUUCACUACUACCUGUCUGACGACAUGAUCAGCAUCUUUGAGAUGCCCAGACGCAACUCGGGCAUCGUCGGAGGAAAGUUCCUGGAGAAGACACGAGUCCCCAAACCGGGAUGCACACCAGAGAACCCUCAAUACUACAAACCAGGCGACUUCGCCAUUGGAGCCACGGUGGAAGUUUUCAGACGUCGGUUCAUUUUGAUGGAAGCUGAUCAGUAUGUGCUCGACUACCUUGAGUCAGUAUCAGAACAGGAGCGAAUUCCUGAGCAGACCCUCUCUUCACUCAGGCAAGCUCUAGGGCAAAAUGCUGUGAACCCAGAACAGCCUGAACCACUGCCCACAGAUGAUGGAAUUGCUAGUUCUUCUUGAAUGUUCUCCAGCAGAGAUGCCUCCUUCUCCUUUAGACAAAUGAAGGUUCUUUACUCUUUCACUGUCAGUCCUUUUAAUUUCAUUCUUAGGUGUUGAACUAUUAAAUUGUCAUGCCAUGUA